AUGAGCAGUCAAGAAUUCGAACAAGUGACGGAAUCGACGUCGGGACCAGCUCGUCCAAAUCCAUACGGACCUAACCCAUCGGAUUAUCUUUCGAAUGUGCAAAAUUUUGAACUUAUCGACUCCACUUUAAGAGAGGGUGAGCAAUUCGCCAAUGCUUUUUACUCAACUGAGACCAAGAUCGAAAUCGCCAAGGCGCUGGAUGCUUUCGGCGUUGACUACAUCGAGUUGACCUCACCUGUGGCUUCAGAGCAGAGUAGGAAAGACUGUGAAGCAAUUUGCAAACUAGGUUUGAAAGCCAAAAUCUUGACUCACAUUCGUUGUCAUAUGGACGAUGCAAGAGUUGCAGUGGAGACUGGUGUCGAUGGUGUGGACGUGGUGAUCGGUACAUCAAAAUUUUUGAGGAAAUUCUCGCACGGCAAAGACAUGAACUAUAUUGCUAAGAACGCCAUUGAGGUCAUUGAAUUUGUCAAGUCGAAAGGUAUUGAAAUCAGAUUUUCGUCCGAGGACUCUUUCAGAUCCGAUCUGGUGGAUCUGCUAAACAUUUACAAGACUGUAGACAAGAUAGGCGUGAAUAGAGUUGGUAUUGCCGACACCGUUGGCUGUGCGAACCCUAGACAAGUGUACGAACUUGUGCGCACACUAAAGAGUGUUGUUUCGUGCGACAUCGAGUGCCAUUUCCACAACGACACUGGAUGUGCCAUUGCCAACGCAUACACCGCUCUGGAAGGAGGCGCCAAACUAAUUGACGUUUCCGUUCUUGGUAUUGGUGAAAGAAACGGUAUCACCCCUCUUGGAGGGUUGAUGGCUAGAAUGAUUGUGGCAGCACCCGAAUACGUCAAGUCCAAGUACAAGUUGCAUAAGAUCAGAGACAUUGAGAACCUGGUUGCCGAGGCCGUUGAGGUCAACAUUCCGUUCAACAACCCAAUCACUGGGUUCUGUGCAUUCACUCACAAGGCUGGUAUCCACGCCAAGGCGAUUUUGGCCAAUCCAUCCACGUAUGAAAUUCUUGACCCCCACGAUUUCGGUAUGAAGAGAUACAUCCAUUUCGCCAACAGGCUGACCGGGUGGAAUGCCAUCAAAUCUCGUGUCGAUCAAUUGAAUUUGAAUUUGAGCGAUGACCAAGUCAAGGAGGUCACCACCAAGAUCAAAAAAUUGGGUGACAUCAGGCCGCUCAACAUCGACGACGUCGACUCCAUCAUCAAGGAUUUCCAUGCCGAAGUUGCCACACCUCGCUUGGCCGGUGGUAAAGACGUUUCUUCGCAAGAUGUCAAUGACAUCGACAUCAACGAGCCUGCAACCAAGAAGGUCAAGACCGAAAGCGCGAACUAA